AUGCCGUUGCAGCCUCGCCUUGAGUAUGACAAAGUAUUUAAUCCCACGAAACCAGAGUCUUUCAACUGGCAGAGCUACUUCAUUGCCACAGGAACGAAUCCAUGCACGGACGAAGUAUUAUUCGGUCAUGUUCGUUACCUGGAACAGACCGUGGCCGAACGUUUAUUUGAGCAUGGAAAGCAUAUUUUCGUGAAAUCAGAGAAUGAUAAUGAACGUGUAGCUAGGAUCGAGCUCUGCUGCAAAGGAAGAUUGAUGAUUAAUUACUUAAAUACGGAUGAAAAAGAUAAACGGGAAGAUUGUGCCGGUGAAAUAGCCAUAAAUGAUGUAGUAAUCAAUGCGAAUGAAGUGGAGCGUUCCAUAAAAAGGGUUCUCUCUGAAGAAAAAGAUAAAAGACGGAAGUGGGAUUUUUUGGAUGUCGAGCAGAUUUCUAAGUACAAAGGUGUUCUUGAUCGCCGUUUAAAUGACUUGAUUAAGGAGGAUCAAUAUUUUGAAGUACAAGAUGCAGCAGAACCUCGUUGUGUGUUUUGCUGUAAGGUACUGGCAAAUUUUGGUGGUAUUGUCAUUUACGAAGCCCUUGAUUAUGUAAUGACAAUCAAUAUAACUGAUCCACGAUGUCAUCCCAUGGGAUGGGCUUCUCGACACCAGGAAGACUCGGUCGCAUACUGCCCUGGAAAGUAUAGUGCUGAGGCGAUCAAGAAUUACACCAAAAAUGCUGUGCCCGAAAUAAUUUUCAGAAGGAUCGAACUGAAAGAACACUUUUUCAAGAUUGGGUCACUCGUAGAAGUCCAGGAUGCGGAACAGAGGGCUGUAAUUUAUCCCGGUCACGUGACAGAAAUCAUUAAUAGUCGUUUUGUCAGGAUAGUAUCUUCUUCUUUCGGCUCGGUGGAUACCAGAGAGAUCGUCGCUCAUCGAGGAUCGCCUGGAGUUUUCCCACAAGGGUUCUGUGCCUCCAUUGGUUAUCAGCUUUCCAUUCCACGUAGUUCGGCUAUGUUGAAAGGUAGAUCACCUGAUACGGUAUGGAGCUGGAAGACCUACGCAGCUCAUUGGGGAAUCCCUGGGAUACCAACGAGUGAGGUGAAUUUCGAGCCCCAUGUCAGUAGAGAAAAGAUCACCGCCAUGAGACAUGUGGAGGUGUUUUGUUAUCGUCAAGGAGUAAUGUAUGCAGCUCUGAUUCAUCGUGCAGUACGCAAUCUUGUUCUGAUUGAGCUCAGCUGCGAUACCACACCGAAUCCACCUUUGAUGUUCCCAAUUGGAUCUGACUGCAUUUUCCCGUGCGGUUUUGCAGCCGCUCAUGACAUUCCUUUUGUAGCAGAGCCACCAUUCUUGUCACUUCCUCCAUUGAAGAGCGGAGGUGUACGCUUCGAUAUGCUGAAGAACGAGUAUUCCUCUAAACCCGGUAAUAUAUUUCAGGAAAGAAAACCGACUGAUAAAACAUUCUUGCCUGAGUUCUGGUUGAAAGAUGACGUUUGGCUGCCUCGCAUUUAUGUCCAUCCAUCAUGUCGAAUGGGACCGUGGCUUGUUCGAUCACAAGUGGCUGCUUUAGCUCGAUACUAUGAAGCGGGGCCAUUGUUGCAUGUUUUCAAAGUGCUCAUCGUGGAUCUCUACCAAUGUGUUGCGAUAGAACAUCGUUUGGAAAUGCAGUCUAUGUUGAAUACGGACGACGAAGACGUCGCCGUGUUGCAUGUUAAAUUCAAGUGGCGAACAUCUCCUGACCAUGUUCUCAUGCGUGUUCCUGUUUGCAAAACUGCUCGACAGGCAUGUGGAUGGUUAAGAGUUUUGUUACGAUCACUCGGUUGCUGCCCAAAUAUGUUCUCAUUUGAGACUACGCCCAGGUGUAACUGCAAUAAGUUGUCCCUCGAUGAGCGAAGAAGGGUGACGGAUUCUCCGGCCGAGUUCGUUCGAAAAGGUGUCCAUACGAAUAGCGUAGAGAAGAGAAGAAGACGUACUGCAAAAACUGGAGCUGCAAAACGUCGGCGAACGCAGCCCCUGUCACCUUCGAAAGGAACUGAUCAGCAGAACUGUCGCGUUGCAACUAUAUCUGAUGAUGAUUUUUCGAGAUCAUCAAUAGAUGAAAUGCCAAGGCUGCAACCGGCUGACACGACAGAUUUUAUGCCGAAUGGAAGAAAUCACAUUGAAGAGAUGAAUCAACAGUGUAGUAGUUCGGACGAGAUGCCGACUACCACUUUUAAUGGGCUAUCAAAUAACGAUUCUUCACCUCCACGCCCACUUCGUAUCGAAGGUGAUGCCAUGGACUGGGAUGAGAAGCAACUACUGCACUUCUUACGAACUACAUUCCCUGAUUUGAACGAUGUUACGAAUGUACUGCAGAGAGAGCAUAUCGAUGGAGCUCAUCUUCUGGUGAUGUCUCAACAAGACUGCAUCGAUUCACUGGGUCUCAAUUUGGGACCAGCCCUCCGAUUGUACGAAGUUAUACAGGCAAGUGACAGCUAUUUUCUUGUCUUUCUUAUAGUCAUGGUUUAUUCUUAUUGGUUUAUUCUUAUCAUGAACGAAGAAAACUUCAUCAAGACAAUCGUGUGGUUCUUGGUGCUCGCUGCGCAACCAAAUUCCACUCGGAUUCGUAGAGCCAAUUAA